GGAAGAGGCCGUUUCCUAGGCAGCAGCAGGAGGAGGAAUAAGAAGAAAGAAAGAAGCGACGGGGGCGUUUGCAACGAACUCUAUGGGGGAGGCCGAGGCCUUCGUCCCGCUCGUCGGUCUGCGGAGUGACGAGCUGGCACUGCCUGGAGGAGGACAGGUGACAAAGCCAUGAUGGAAACUUUAGAAGAAGAAAACUUUGGUGUGUCCAUCUCUUCACCGUCAGAUGCUGAGUUUGAUGCUGUUGUUGGCUAUUUAGAAGAUAUAAUAAUGGAUGAUGACUUCCAGCUUAUACAAAGGAACUUCAUGGACAAAUACUACCAAGAGUUUGAUGAUACGGAGGAAAAUAAGCUCAUCUACACUCCUAUUUUUAAUGAAUAUAUAUGCUUAGUUGAAAAAUACAUUGAAGAAAAGCUCUUGGACAGGAUUCCUGGUUUCAGCAUGUCUGCCUUCACCUUGUCAUUACAGCAGCACAAGGAUGAAAUUGCAGGGGAUAUUUUUGAUAUGCUUCUCACAUUUACUGACUUCCUCGCAUUUAAAGAAAUGUUCCUGGAUUACAGAGCUGAAAAAGAAGGCCGUGGCCUGGACUUAAGCAGCGGAUUCGUGGUGACACCCUUGAGCAAGUCCUCCAUGUCGCCUUCCGCAAACAGCCUACGACACUAGCUCUUUCCUCCAGAAGAGAGCUGUCUCCACUUGGGGUGCCCUGAAUGCAAAAGCCAGCAGAAGAGAUUAGUGUGAUGCUGAGGAGUGCAACCCUUCUUCCCUCUUGGCAGGCCAAUUUUUCGUCUUAGCUGCUUGUUUGAAUUGGGCAUUUCCACAUGAUCCAGCCCUGUCUUAGCACUUGGAUUUGUUGCUGUGCCAGCCAAAAGGGACUUGAUGCCAUGGAGGUCAGUUAGUGCCAUGGUCUGUUUGAGGGCUGCCGAUUUCUUGGAAGGAAAACAAGCACUUCUUCAUUGGACAGCAGUGAUGGAAAAUGAGUGUCAAACGUGGGAUGGUUCUAACUGCACAACUUUCUGAAGCUCACAAUCACAACAAAGCGGGGGAAAUAUGUUUAGCGUAGUUCUAAAUGCCACAUUUUGACUUUUGACAGUAGCACGUGUGUGUUUGAUGCGAAUAUAUAUAUUUAGCAUGAAACUUAUUUGUCAGUUCUCUAGUAAUUGUGAAUUUGUAUCCUUUCCCAUUCAGCAGGCUUAGUGGUGUUGCUCUUGUAAGGCCCCCACUUCAGCUGCAGAAGGAACCAGAAAACUUGGGAUUUCCAAAGUAACCUCUCUCCUAAGAAAAAUCACACUCUGUUUCAUUACUACCAGCAGUAUGUGCUCUAGCACGGACAAAGCUUUCUGCAAUGUCUUCAUGGGGGAUGGGGACUGUAAACCCAAAUCCAAACUUGUAUGGCUUUCAAGGAACUUUGGGAAUUACAGUUCUGUGAGGUGCUGCAGUUCUUUAAAAACAAAA